AGAUACUUUAGGUCUAUGAGCAGAUACAGCCGGGCCCGGGGACACAUUCGUGCGAUACAGUCAAAUCUGCGGAAUUAACGUCGCUUUCCUGUCGCAAUGACCGACUGGAGGAGUACAGACGAGCAGCAGUCUCGUGAUGUGUGUGAGCGGGAGAUGCGUGUGCGUGAUGCUGCUUACAGGCUCCUGCAGCUCUGCACCCACAAACAGCAGAAACUGGAGGCAGCCAAGAACAUCCUGACGGCCAGCACGCGGAUACACACACACCGCACCUACAGGCCUCAAACCCCAGAUCAGCCUGCAGUUUGCAAAGGAAGAGUUGCCAUCUCAGGUCUACGAAUUCCACUCAUGUGGAGAGACUCUGAUCAUUUCAACAACAGAGGAAGUUCACGCUCCGUUGCCGUGUUCAGUUUGAUGAUUCUAGGACACCGUGUUCUGGACUCUGAGCUGCAGGUGGUGGACCGAAGCAUCACGGACAUCUGCUUCAGUGGACAGAGUGUGUUUGAGGACGUAGAGUCGAACUUCCACUUGCGUCUGGAGCUCUACAGCUGCUCCAUGGAAGAGGCUCCACCCCUCAGCGCCACGCCCAGGAAACUGGCCAAUAAGCUUCGCUCGUCUCUGGGGAAGGCUGCAGGAAGGAAGCUCCGCCCACAGAUCGACUCGCUGCAGGACGACUUCCUAGAGACACACCCCCUGCCACCGGGCGUGUCCUUUUCUUUGUUGGCGUUCACCUCAUUGGGCCUGGAGCAGGUUGGGCGGGACUUUCUGUCUCACUCACUCAACGUCACGCAGACUGCGGAGUCAUCGUCCUGGUUACCACUGUACGGGAGUGUGUGCUGUCGCCUGCUCGCUCAGCCCGACUGUGUGAGAAUACCAGCACACAGCGGCACUCUCUGCCAACAGGUGUGUGUGGAGGGAGUGUUCCGGUCCUGCAGUCUGCACUGUGAGCUGCAGGGGGCGACUGUGCGUUGCUGGUUCAGCGCUGAAGAGGUUCCGGCCAAACUCCCACCCUUCCUCACGCUGCCCAUCGCUACGGACACGUGUGUGAGGAUCCUGAGGGACCAGCAUGGUUCGGUCUCCAUGACGAUCAGCACUCCUGGCUCCGCCUCCAGCAGUCAUGUGUUCCGAGGCUCCGCCCCCGACCUGCAGCUCUGGGCUACUGCCCUCACACAACACACACACGACAUGAGUUCCUGGAAGCAGUGCUGUGAGGAGCUCAUGCAGAUCGAGGUUUUGUCUCCACGGAAACCAACACUCUUCCAUGCAAAACAGCCAGAAACUGUUUACAGUGAACUAAGUAUCAACUCUCCUGGAAAAUUUGAGAGUGUGACUGACAUCAUCCACAACAAGAUCGAGGAGACUGGAGGCCGCUUUCUGAUUGGUCAGGAGGAGCAGCUAGAGGCUCCUAAUUGGUCGGCGCUGUUUGGGGGGUCCCGCCCCCUGGUGGUGCAGAAGGUGGUGAUGUCACCGGGGGCAGAGCCCCACCAAUCCUGCUUCAGUCCCGUCACCCAGGGCAACAACAGUCCCGUCGCCCGGGGCAACAAGAAACGCAAAGCCCCGCCUCCUCCCUAUGCCCCGCCUACUCCCACUGCGACAUCCCGGCCGUCCAAUCAGGAGAAGAGGAGGGUGUUAACUCCGCAAGAGAACCUCUCCACAGACCCAUCGUCCAAUCAGGAGAAGAGGAGGGUGUUAACUCCGCAAGAGAACCUCUCCACAGACCCAUCGUCCAAUCAGGAGCAGGGGAAGGUGCUGAAGGCGGGUCCUCGGGCAGGCCGGCGCUCUCUGGACAGCAAGUUCUCCUCCGUCAUUCAGCAGCUGCAGAGGAAAGCUCCCGCCAACCACAACGCUCCACAGACAACUGCUGCAGCCAAUAGGAACCCUCCACUGAGCCUCCAGCAGCCGCCAGUCCCCGCCCCCCGGCACAAACUGAGGAAGUCGUUCAGGCAGAUCAUGAACCCUAAAGCCUUUUGAACCACACACACACACACACACACACACGCACUAACCCUGCAGAUCAUGAACCCUAAAGCCUUUUGAGCUUUUUUAACUUUUUA